AUGUUUAGUACACUUGAGACCUUGAUUCUCAAGUAUUUGGCUCUUGUGGAUGUUCCUUCUCCAGUUUGUAUGAAGUCCCUCAGAACUUUGCACCUUGAUUGUGUGAAUUUCAAGCACAAUGAAUCUUUUAGUAACCUUAUAUCUGGCUGUCCUAAUCUUGAAGAUUUGUUCAUGUAUCAAUAUUACCCUCUAGAUGUAGUAAUGAAUUUCAUUAUUGUGGCACCAUCCUUGAAGAGGCUAGUAAUUAUAGAUUACAGAGAGGCCGGGGGCUAUGUGAUAAAUGCUCCUACUUUGAAAUACUUGAAAAUAAAAGGGUUGAGUCAUUGUGGGUUUUGUUUGAUUGAGAAUGCGCCAGUGUUAGUUGAGGCAAAAAUUAGAAAUCUUUUUUAUAUAUACAAAGAGAAGAUUCUGGGAUCCCUCAAGUCAGCCAAACGUCUUUCCUUGGACUUAUCACCCUUGGAGUGUCCUAUUGAUAGUAUCUUCUAUCAGCUGGUACAUCUAGAGAUCUAUACAUGUAAAGAGGAGUGGUGGAAUCUACUUAAGCUCAUGCUUGAUAGCUCGCCUAAAUUACAAGUCCUUAAGCUUAUUGGUAAAAAUUUGGAUUUUAAAAAAGUUGGUAUGGUCGGCGGUAAAUGGAAUGAACCAAAGAAUGUUCCUGAAUGUUUGUUGUCUCAACUUAAGAUGUUUGUGUGGACAAGUUACCAUUGGGAAAGUGAAGUAGAGAAAGAAGUGGCUACAUACAUUCUAAAGAAUGCAAGACAAUUGAAGAAUGUAAGUUUCUCUACAAGACCUAUUCAUUCCAAAGAGCACAACAAGUUGGAAGAGAAAUGUAAGAUGCUCAAGGAGUUAGAUGGUGUUGUUAGGGCUUCAAGUUCAUGUCACCUUGUGUUCAUCGAAUGA